AUGAAUCAAAGACUCCCUGGAAUUCAAUGGAAUUUGGCAAAAUACGGUAAUUUCUUCCGCCAAACGCGUUCUUCAACGCCUGUGGUCGAAUUCUAUGCACAUAAUAUUCAAAAUAAUGUACUCAAUGUAUGGAAAUCGCUGAAGAUCGCAUGCGAUGAAUUGGAAAUCAACUACAGUAACUUGAAGGACGAUUUCAAAGUGCUCUACGAUUUCAAGCAUCGUGAAAAGCUCAGUGAUAAAGUGGUCGCCAGUCUGUUGGCCGUUUCUCGCACUUCAUUACUCGAAGAAUGCCAACGAAAGAAACGUAUCCUCCCGAUGCCCUACAACUACAAAUAUUUCGUCCAGCACACAAAUCGAAUGAUCGCAGACGGCUAUCUGCCUACUGAAGCCGAUAUUCUCUAUUCGUACACACCAACGAUCGGUCUAGACGGGCAUGUGAUUCGACUGGGAAAAAGCAGAUACGAUGUGCUGGAACUGCCGGGACAUAGGAUUUUCCGACGACGAUGGAGCGACUUCUUUCGAAAUACCUCUGUCGUCGUAUUCCUGAUCGAUCUUUGCGAACUAUGUGAUAAUGCCUUCUAUACGGCUUCCUCCGAUAUACCGACUAACACAAACAAAUUUCAGCUUCGAUCUCCACAAGACGCCCUUAGCUACUAUAGAACAGUGUUCAUGGCUGCCUCACCUCCGAAACGUUCGUACCAUCAUGUCAUCUCACUUAUCAAUGCUCCGAACCUUGGCCUAACGUUGGGCGACUCUUUGUCACGGAUAUUCAAACACAACACCCAGGCCACCACGAUCACCUGA